GCUACGCUGUUGGUUUCAAUUAUGGAGGUCCAGAAAACGGCAAAUUCUAGAAAAAAGGAGAAAAGGUGCACCCUGGUGCUAGAAGCUACCGAGGCAUCACAACCUUUCGAGAAGCGCACCAUCACAUUUCGUCCUGGCACCGAUGUUGGCGUUGGGAGAAUUUUGCGCCAGGCAGCAUUCGUCCCUAACCGAACGCUGUUUUUCAAAAACAAAAUCAUUUCCAAACAGCACGCUUCAUUCACCUAUACCGAUGGCAAGUUUUUUCUUAAGGACCUAAGCAGCUCCAACGGUACCUAUCUGAACGACGUGCUCCUCGGAGAUGCGGAAAGCGAUGCGGGAUCGAACCGUGCAGUGGAAGUGAAAACGGGGGACAUCGUACGGUUCGGUGUGUCUCGUGUUGCUUUCGCAACGAACGAGGUAUGCCAGGCGAUCGUGGGCCGCCUCACACUUAUCCCUCCGCAAAGGAUCACCAAGGAAACGAUGACCCAGCAUACGUUGAAAAGCUUCACGCCGUUCGAGGGAUAUCGUGAACAUGAAGCAUUACUAACGAAAUGCUGCGAGAAGAUGACGGAGGAAAAAGUGAUCCCAGAGAUAAGGAAAUGUCACCAGGACACAGAAAUCGAAUCUAUUGUAACCAGCGUCAGUGGGACUCAAACCAUGGCGGAAAAUGAUGCAAGCACAGCGAUGAUGAAGGAACGAAUCACGAAGGAGUCACGCGCCCAUGUGCUCUCCCUAUGGCAGGCGCUAGUGCUUUCCAUGACAAUAAUCGUCGGGUAUCAAAUGUACCUCACGUUUUUUUGAGAGUCGAUUUGUUCGCUAGA